AUGGCCGCCUCCCCCGUUCAGAACCCCGCGGUUCAAUCCGAAUCCAAGUCGGCCAAGAAGAAGAAGGCCAAGGCUGCUGAGCGUACCGAUUCUCCUGCUCCCACCGCCUCUCCCGCUCCUGAGAAGGCUGAUGGUUCUGAUGAGUCCGGCGAGAGCCCCUACGUUCGGGAGCUUCAGAAGAACAUCCGCAACACCAACAAGAAGCUUACCAACGCCUCUAAGAUCGAUAAUUUGAUUGCCGAGAACCCUGGCAAGACCCUCGACCAGCUCGUUGCCUCCCGCAUCAUCAAUGCCGACCAGAAGGCCCAAUACCAGAAGAAGCCUGCUCUUCAAGCUCAGGUUCAACAAUACGAGGAGCAGCUUGCUCAGUACAAGAAGAUUGACCAAGAAUACCGUACCCGCGCUGCAACUGAGAAGGCAGAGCUGGAGAAGGCCUUCGCUGAGAAGCUGGAGAAGGAGAAGGCUGACGCUGUUGCCGAGGUGAAGGCGAAGUUGGAGGGUGACUCCAACCAGUCUCUUACUAGCAAGCUCCUGAUCCUGUCGCAAUUCCUCCGGCUUGCCGCCGCUCGCCGAUCUGAGGAAGCUGACCAGAGUGUCGACGAGAACCUUGCUCUCGAAGGAACCCUGCUUGCUAUCUACGCAGGUGACGAGAGCGCUGUCGCUGCCAUGCUGAAGCUCAUCGACGGCACCAACGAUAAGACGUAUGGUGUCAGUGGCGAGCAGCUCGAGACGACUUUUGCCCAGGUCAAGGCUGCCUCUCAGGCAUACAAAGCGCCUUACGAGGAGGGUGUUGCUGCCGAGGCUGGAGCUGUCGAGCCUGCUACCGAUCCCACCGUCGCCAACGCUACCGUGAACGAGAUCGAGGCUGGCGAGGGCGUCGCCCUGAUCAACGGCCACGCCGAGCACAACACUGAGAGCCCUGCCAACGCCAACAUCACUAGCGGCUCCGGCAACGCUGCUGGCGAGAAGUGGGACCAGAACGAUAACAACUUGUCUGAAUCCCAGGAGUGGGUUUCUGUCCCUCGCGAUCCUGCCGAGACUGAGACUGGCGUCGAGGCCACCCCUGCCGCUGCCUCCAACACCCAGUCCUGGGCUGACGACCAGCCUGAGCACCACGAGACCCAGGCCGAGGCUCCUGCUGCAGCUCCCGCGGCUGAUCCCAAUGAUGGCUUCCACCAGGUGCAGGGACGCAACCGCGGACGCGGUGAUCGUGAGGGCGGUUCCGGUCAUCGUGGCCGCGGCCGUGGCGAGUGGCGUGGACGUGGUGGCUACCGUGGCGAGGGCCGUGGUGGUCGUGGCCGCGGCGGUCAGCGUGGCGGCUCCGUCUCAAUGCGAGGACCUCGCCGGACUGAAGAGUCGUAG